GGCCGUAAAUUUGUUAUUGUUUUUUUUUUCUAUUAUUGCUAUAUUGUUAAUAUUUUGUGUUACAGUAUGUCGAUUUCACUACAUUCAAUGCUUGGUUUGUUAUUAAAUUAAUGCAGGGAUUGUAUUAUUUGGCUAACACACUCAUAAUGUCCGCUCGAUUCCUGGCCAAGAAGUACGGCGAGGAGCAGCUGCGGUCCAAGGUGUCGGCGCAGCCGUGCUACCUGCGCUUCUUCAACAGCACGGAGCACAGCGUCUUCCUGCUGUGGGCGGACUACAAGGGCCGCCUGCUCGUGUACCGCGUCCUGCCCCCCUCCUCCCACUGCGACGUCAACACGUACGCCACGCACCCGUGGCUGUUCCUGCGGUUCCCGACGUUCGACCCGAUGGUGGUCGACCGCGAGGAGGUGUACUUCGUGCCGGAGCCGUGCGGCCGCCAGUCGACCGCCAGCGACCGCACGGAGGUGUUCAUCACCAACCCGCUCCUCUCGCUGCGGCGGCUGGCGCUCAGGUCGGUCCGGAACGCGCUCUCGUCGGCGAGGGGCGUCGCCUUGCUGGAGCUGCCCCGGGGCCUGCAGCGCGAGCUUGCGCAGUUGCUGGAGGAGGACCGGGAGAGGAGGCGGGACCUCGGGCUGUUGCGCUGACGCGGGCACGCGAGCGUGUCUGUCUUCGCUUCGCUUCUUCGUGAAAGGAAACUUUGCUCAAGUGUGCGAUGCACGAACUAUGGAGUAGUGCUGAAGAAAUAUGUCACAUUGAGGUGUUUCCAAACGGUUCAUUUCGAACGAAGACAUUGUGGUGAUCAAGGGUAUGUAUGUUAAUGCUAACUAAAGACAAUAUAUGCAUGUGGAACUUGAACUGAACAUGUCAGUGCGUAAUUAUUGAAACAUGUUACAGUUGAGAUUGCUUGCCAUUCAACUAAACGUGCAGUGGAUGUGGUUUCAAAUGACGUCUAAUUCGUGCUGUUAAGAGUCAUCCGAUAGGCGGGGUUUAUAUCAAAUAAUUGUACACUUCCCUAAAGUAAGUUGAUGUAAUGUGUAGCAGUGUGAUACUUCCUAUACCUACUAAUAUAAACUACUGUGGAAUGUUACAAACAUUGUUUUAAUAAAAAAAAAUUGUUUAUUUAAAU